AUGGGAUUUACAUCGGUGAGUGACGUUACUGAAAGGAGACAAAAAGAUAGUACUGUGAAACAGAACACAAGACCACGGAUCAUCAACAAUUACCAGGCAAACUUUCGUGGUGUUGAUAUUUGCGACCAACUUCGGUCAAAAUAUCUUGUUGGAAGGAGCUCAAAAAAGUGGUGGAAAUUUUCUGUAAAAAGGAAAACAUCAAGAUGUAAAUUUUGUCCAAAGCAUGGUGAAAAAAAAAGGAAAGAGACUAUUCAUGGUUGUAAUAAAUGUGACAAACAUUUAUGUAGUUUUGAAUGUCACAGAAGGUUCCAUGCUGUCAUUGGUGUUGUUGUUAUGGAAGAGUGAAGCUGUAAAAUGAUAAACUCUUUUUUUAUGAUUACUUAAUCACUAAAUUUUAUCUUAAUAACCUUAAACUGAAAUAAAGAAUAGAUUUGUGUAAA